UCACACGUAGAGACACACACAGUCGUAUCCAUUCUGAUAUAUCAACUCGCUCCCUCCAUCCAUCCACUCAACCACACUGACAUUUAUUGAAAACCCUAGAUUCCUGCCCCCACUCACCUCAUCCAAGAUUUUGUGGCCACUUUCCCUCUUUAGAUUUUGAUCCUAUGGCGGAGGAGGAGGAGGUUGUGGUAGUCUCCGCGAGCCCUAAGCCGUCGGAUCACAAACGAAAGCUCGAGGAGUUGGAGCCCGAACAAGAAUCGGUCCUUGAACAGCCGCCUAAAAGCUCCGGCGAGAUUGCCGACUCGAAUGCGAAGCCCGAUGCAGCCAAUGAACUUGAUGCCUCGCCGCCGUCGGACGAAUCUGACGCCAAACGGCCGCGUCUUGAUGACAAGUCCGAUGAUACAGCCAGAGCAAAUGGUCACCAGGAGAAGUUGGAUGAUACUCCGAAGGAGAAUGAUGAGGAAGAGGUAGUGCCCGGCCCUGCAUUUGUUGACCUUACGGAAACAGAGAUUGCUCCUUCUCAGCCUGGGUUUGUGGACCUUACGGAAACAGCAACAAAUGAAGAACACUUUGGCACCAAUGGUGAGACAAGUGACAUCCAAAAGCCUUCUGUUGAGGAUUCUGUGGCCGAUGCCGCUCAGGAACCUCCUCAAGAGGAGCCUCAACCGCACUCCGCUGAGGAAGGGGACGCUGUCCCUGCGCAACCAGAGCAAGGGGACGCUCUCUCUGGGCAACAAGAGAAAACAGAUACUCUACCUGUGAACCAAGAGCAAGGUGAUACUUUCUCUGGGCAACAGGAGCAAGGGGAUGCUUUCUCUGCCCAACAGGAUCAACUUCCUGAAAAUGAGGCUAUCACACACAGAAUGGAGGUUCCUAAUAAUAAGGUUGGGGUUCUGAUUGGUAAGGCUGGGGAUACUAUUCGAUACUUGCAAUACAAUUCUAGAGCAAAAAUCCAAAUCACAAAGGAUGCUGAUGCAGAUCCAUAUUCUGCAACAAGGCCUGUAGAGAUAACAGGAAGUUUGGAUAGUGUCACCAAAGCUGAAAAGCUUAUAAAUGCUGUUAUUGCAGAGGCUGAUGCGGGGGGUUCUCCUUCUCUGGUGGCUAGGGGCGUUGCUACCGCACAGGCUGUUGCAGCUGCAGAACAAAUUCAGAUACAAGUACCAAAUGAAAAGGUUGGUUUGAUAAUAGGCAGAAUGGGGGACACCAUUAAAAGUCUGCAGGCCAAAACAGGGGCCCGUAUCCAGUUGAUACCCCAACAUCUUCCAAAGGGAGAUGAAUCCAAAGAAAGGACAGUGCGAGUAAGUGGUGAUAAGAAGCAAAUUGACAUGGCCAGGGAAUUGAUAAAGGAAGUUAUGAAUCAGACUGUGAGGCCAUCCAGUGGUUUUAACCAUCAGGCUUAUCGGUCCCAUGGACCAGGUGGUCCUCACUGGGGUCCACGAGGUGCUCGUCCAUCCCAGCACUCUUCAUAUGAUUAUCAGCAACGAGGACCAUAUCAGUCCCGUACUCAGUACCCUCCUGCAUAUGGGAAUUAUCCUCAACAUAUGGGUCCUAGAAGUGGCUUUGGUUCUGGUUGGGAGCAAAGGCCACCUCCAAACAUGCAGGGGAUGCCUCCACAUGGCGGUGGUUAUGAUUAUUAUGGCGGACAAGGAGCUGAAGCCCCAGCCCAACAUUCUACUCAUGGCCCUUCUCAUGCUCAUGGCCCUUCUCCUAACCCUAUAAUGGGUGGACCUCCAUCCCAAGCAAACUAUAAUUAUGGACAGCCACAUGGUUCAGACUAUAGGCAUCCGGCUCCUUUUUCUCAUGCUGCACCUCCUCAGCAUGGCUAUGGGCAUGGGUAUGAAGAACCAAAAUAUGAUAAUCACGCUCCACCACAGCACUCAUAUGGAGGACACGGAGCUUCUCAGCCGUAUCCACAAACUGGAGCUCAGCCAGGUUAUGGUCCACAGCAGCAUUAUGGUAAGCCACCAGCAUAUACCAUGCCAUCUCAGGGACCACCUCCCCAGUCUUAUGGCGGCCCCAUGGGUAGCCAACCAGGAGAAGCAGUUUAUCAGACACCAGCUCAGUCAUAUGGUCAGAAUGUCCCAGCUCAACAGCCAUAUCCAUAUGCAUCCACUGCACCUGCACAGCAGACUUAUGCUCCGUAUGGUUCUGCCCCAGCUGCUGAUGGGUACACUCAGCCACCAACUGCUUCGAGUGCAGGUUAUCCACAGCAAGGAGGGCAGCCUGCUAGUUAUGGUCAGCCUGGCUCGCAGCCUGCACCUGGCUAUGCACAAGCAGCUCCUGCAGGGUAUGCACAAUACCCAACGUCUCAACAAGGUUACUCCGAGCAGUCUGCUUCAUACACUGGUGGUUAUGGGUACCAAGGGUCUCAAGAUCCUGCCUAUGGAGGUGUCUCUGCACCUGCCUAUGGUGGAGCUCCAGCUGCGCAACAGGGCUACGCACAACCGGCACCCGCAGCAGCUGGGGCACAGCAGGGCUACGCCCAGCCAGCACCAGCAACAACUCAACAAAGCUAUGAUCAAUCGAUCCCGCAGUCAGGCGGUUAUGGGAAAACAGUAUCACCUCAGCCUGGCUACGCUCAAUACGACUCGAGUCAAAUGUAUGCUGCACCUCGUUGAAUAAUAUUAAUGUAGUUUUGAGAGCUUCAUGUUGUGGCUGAUGUGCCAUGUUCAUCUUUUGUUCUAGUAGUAAGUAGUUAGGCCUUUCUGACUGGAUCGUUCAUGGAACUUUUGCACUUGCUGCUUUUAUUGAUGUAAUGCAGUGUUGAUGCUUUCUUAAAAUUCUGAAACUUGUCCAUGAGUUGCUGAUAAUCAAUCUUCUAUGGUACUGUUGAUGUC